AUGCUGACAUCGGUGAAGUUGGCGGAGCUGCUGUCGGCGGACUUCCCGGACCUCGCCGGCGACACCACGAUCCUGCGGAAGCUCCUUGUGGUCGAAGCCCUUCCCGACGAUUGCAGUUCACAUGACCUGAUGGCGGAGUACUCCAGUUUCGGGAUUUUGCUCCGGGCAGAGAUUGUUCGUGAUGACAUUGGACACCGUGCUGGGCUUCUUGUUUUUGAGUCCGUUUCCGGCUGCUCCGCCGCCACCGCAGAACCCUUCCACGGAGCCAUGAUAGCCACCCCGGCCCCUUUUUUGGACAUGAGGAACCACAGGCGUUCUUACCUCCACCUGAGAAGCCUCAUUGCUGUACUGGAUACUGUCUUUCCGGCGGCGACCCAAGACCCCAAUUUCUUGAACAGAUCCCUUCUCAUGGAGGGAGUGUCCCUGAGGGCUACUCCGCGUGAUCUGCUUGACGAGGCAUUGGGCGUUCAGGUUGAGGCAGCUGUUGUUGUUCGUGAUGCUGAGUUUGGCGACUCUGUUGGACUGCUGGUGCUGACACAUGCUCAUGACACGGAGGUUGCCACGGCAGCAGGGCCACGCCCAGGAGUAUUCUGUGACUGUAUCAAGGCGAGCGACAGUAGUUACACACGCUUCCAGAUCUUGGAGGCGCUUGACGACAGGGUCAGACGCCAGGCUACAGCCGAGCUCUCCCAGUCACUGGACCCCCAGAGUACCUUUCUUGCGGAUGCAGACAUGACGUUCCACUUGAGCUGUGUGUUCCUCAGAGGCCCGGGCUGCUCCAGCGAGGGUGCAGUGUACAACCUGUGCAAUAUCGGCGCCGAGGUGCUUCUUGCCAUUGGACCAGUCAACGCGGUGUUCCUUGGGCCGGAUCACGAUGUUGCCGUCCUUUGUCUACUACGACGCCCAGGGUACGGAGAGAAUCGGCAGAAGGGAACCAUAUUUGCGCCAGAGGCUGCUGGGGAUGUACGACUCGUCGCUAUUUCCACUCCCUGGCGGCGCAGCUGCCGAGGAGGCUUCAACGGUGCGGCGUCUGCUGCCGCCCUUCGUCACGGCCGCCGAUUACCUGGGGCCGGUGAUUCUACAGACGGAGAUUACCUGGGGCCGGUGAUUCUACAGACGGAGAUCGACACGACGACUUGUGACGCUGCAGAUAUCGCGCGGUUCAUCACAUCCCCAGCAGAGGCAGUCUCAAUCGGAGUUGCUACUACGGGUAUCCCAGGAAGAAUGGUUCGCAGCUUUCGAGAGUCCGGUGGAUCUUCAACUCCUGGAGCCCUGGAGGCGACGCCCAGGCAGCAGCAGCAGCAGUUGGCUCCAGUGCAGCAGCUUGAUUUGAGCAGAUUGAGCCUUGGAAUGAGACAGUGGCUGAACCCCGCAGCAUUUGAGACUGUGAGACUUGAGUUCAGCAUGGCGUUGGCGGGAUGCCCGGAUCACAACUUCAUGGAGCUUAAUCUCGGGCUGAUUGGACUUGCUGCUUUGUCAGAGCCCCAUGCGCUUCGGCGCAGCUACUUCCCUGACAGAGCAGUGCUGCUUACAAGGACUCGAAUCGAAUGA